CGCUGUUCUUAAACAUGAGCACUCUGCAUGACGACGCAUUUCUAUAACAUUUACAAAUCGGAUACUAAUCUAGUUCAACACAACGCCAGGGGUUAAAAUUGUUUAAGAUUUAGACUUCUUUCAGUAUUUAUUAAACUCGUCAUCAGACCGAACUUUAAUCCAGCAUCGGUUUCAACCUUGGGUAGAAUACGGAUCCAAAUGUUUGUCUUUUUUCAAUGAAUAGCCACCAUUAACCAGUAAAGUGACAUAAGGAUGCUCGAUUAAAACACUGGGACUUGAAAACAUACCCAUCGAACGUUAUUCACACCGAAGGCACUGAAAAUAUCUUUAGGAAGCGUUCGACUUUUGUUUCAAGAAAGAUGAAGCUGCUUUCUAUCUUCUUGGCAAUUUUCGUCUCUACGAUCGUUGUCGUAUCUGGACAAAACCCUCGCGUAAAUGUCACUGAAGGAAAUCUCGUGGGAAAGACCGUCCAGUUUAGUGAGAACCAGUUUAUAAACGUGACCAAAAAUGUCGAUAUGUUUCUGGGCGUUCCAUUCGCUAAUCCGCCGACGCGGUUCGCUCCUCCAGAGCCUAUGACGCCUUGGGAAGGUGAUCGGAAUGCCACGGAGUUUUCACCAGCCUGUCAACAAGUUCCUCAACCUUUGUACUACCCCGUUAUAUCUGAAGAUUGCCUGUACUUGAAUGUCUACACACCCAGUCCAAAGCCAUCAGGGAUACCUGUCAUGGUAUGGAUACAUGGAGGAGGGUUUUCAAUUGGUUCGGCUAUGGCAUAUGAUUACUACGGAGUUCCAUUGGUUGCUGUUGGUGAUGUCAUAGUAGUAACCAUCAACUACCGCCUAGCGAUUUUCGCUCAGUUUUCAACCGAGGAUGAAGAAUCUCCCGGGAACUAUGGCAUGUUGGAUCAAGUUGCUGCUUUGGAAUGGGUGUACAACAACAUCGAAGCAUUCGGUGGUGAUAAAAACAGAAUCACCAUCUUUGGAGAAAGUGCAGGAUCAGCAAGCGUUAGUUUCCAUCUUGUCUCCAAACUCAGCAGACAAUUUUUCAAUCAAGCAAUAUAUCAGAGUGGAACAGUGUUCAGUCCAUGGGCUUUCAAAGAUGAUCCAGUCGCAGAGCUCGAGAAAGCUCAAGAACUUGGACGAGAGAUGGGUUGUGAAGAUACGGUCUCUUCCUCUGCUUUGGUUUCCUGCCUUCGGAAUGCAGACGCCGUGGAACUGAGCACUGCAGCCGAUAAAGUUUAUGAAUUGCAGUAUCCGGUGACCUUGGACGGUUUCUUUUUAGACGACAGCCCAACCAAUGUCUAUAAGAUGGGAGACUUUGCUAACGUACCCAUCCUUAUCGGAUUCAACAAGGACGAAGGAACCCUGAACCCGUUCUUUUUCCUUCCAGCCUACGUCGGGAGCCCGACUCCACCACCAGUCACUCGCACUUACUUCGAGGGAGUGGUCAGACAGAUCUUGACUAAUUACGGUAAGGACGAUGAGAUCGUCUACGACGCUGUGUUGAAAGAAUACAUCGACUGGACGAUGGCCGAUGAUCCGGAAAGUGAUUACUUUCAAUCGUGGGUGAACUUCGGGACCGAUUCAGACUUCGCCUCCCCAUCCGACUCUGUAAUGAGAAGACAUGUAGAAGCCGGUGGUACCGUCUACAAAUAUUACAUGACACAUGUUCCGUCCAAGAGUUUUUUCGCUAAUGGAGAUCAGUCUCCAAGCACCCCUUGGCUAGGAGCGGGUCACGCAGAGGAUCUGACUUUUGUUUGGGGUCAUCCGUUUAUUGAAGAGAUUUAUCAUAUUCAUGGACACGAUUUGACAGAUGAGGAGAACGCCCUAUCCGUGAAAUUCAUGCAGUUUUGGACGAACUUUGCAAAGUCAGGUGAUCCAAGCAAGUCUAGUGUUGAUGGAGAAGCAGGAGUAGGAGAGGAUUCUUGGCCUUUGUACACGAUCCCUGAGCUCAAACACAAGGAACUGUCCCUAGACUUGGGUGAAGGCAGAGCUGUGCUGGCAAGGCAGUGCCGUUUCUGGAACGAAUACAUACCCGACCUGGAGGCAUUUGCAAAAACGAUUGACGAAGAUGAACAAGAAUGGCGAGAAAGCUACGACGACUGGAAGGAUGAAAUGACCGACUGGCAGAAGGCCUUUGAAGACUACCAGCAGCUACCUACAUGCAACUAGAUUUGUAGAUAUAUAAUAGCAUUCACCAAAGCUGUCUGCUCCUUUACAAUUCAAAAAUAUACAAUCUGUUAAUAUUUCGGUGUAGAAUAUUUCUUUUAAUCACAUAUUUACGUCCCGAUGAAGGAUAUUGAUACAUCAUAAACAGUUUAAAACUGUUAAAAAAAAUAAACAAACAUAAUCACGAACAUGCGUUGAUAUUCUAUAAAUCCAUUUGAUGCCGUAAAUAUUGUUUUCGUAUACCCGCUGUUUUAGUGAUUCUAGUGUGUUCAGCGUGGAAAUGCUAAAUACAUAGUUUAAAUUCACAUAAGAAGUUAUGGAUAUCGGAUCAGUAUAAAUGGCUAACUUUAAAAAA